CUGAAUUUGCGUUCAAAUAGUGUGAGGCGGCUCACGCGAAUCAUUUCAUCUCAGUUAUCUACUGCCAGACAAAUGUUUGUGUCCAAACCCAACUGCUUAGAUCCACUGUGGAUAGAUAUGUCCCCUACUGCGUUGGAACUCAUAUUACGAAUAUCUAUAAGCAAGCUACAAAUUCUACGGAACAGCAUGCAGCCAACGGCGGAGCUUACAGUUUUGCGCAUGACCUCAUACGGCGAGAAACCUGUCGUCGCGGAAAAUUCGAAACAUGAUGUACAUCAGCCUAACCUCAACAAAGAACCAGUGAGAGCACGCUUCCGUCAGCGUACGGUUAGUAAUGGGUUAUUUCGCAGUCUUAUGAUCACGAUUAUUGGGAAGAAAGCUCGAUCAGUUCUCGUUCAUGAACAGAUGAGGAACAAAAGCGCCGUGGAUGUACACCAAAUUCCCAUCAGAAACGUUACUCCAUACGCCAGUAUUAGCAAAGCAUCAGGUUCCCCUAUGAGCUAUUCUGAAGUGGACCGGAAAAUCUCGCGUUUCAGUGUACCAGUACCAUGCGAAGCAAAUUUAACAACCUCGAGUUCGGCGGAUUAUUUGAAUCAAAACCCAACGCGCCCCACCGAAUGCCCUAAACGUCCCGGUGUUUUGUUGACAGAUGUGAGCACGACUAAGCCAAAACAAUUCAAGUGGGAUACACCGAUUGUUCUCAAUCUACCACAGGAAAAACGAAUUGGAGAAAUCUGUCAAAAUUUAGCGCUGACCAAGCCCAAACCAGCAGAAGCAAAUGACACACUUUUCUUGUCUGAAUCCUCCGAACCUUUAGAUGAAUCCAUCUGUUUUGGGAUCAUUCGCCCAGGCAAUCCCCCUCUACAGCUGCCAGGAGACAACUCCGUUGCAAAACAUACAGGUUCAGGAGACAUACGGUUGGCAGUACUCGAUGGAGUCUCCCUGAUGUUGGUGGAUGGUGUCACUUAG